AUGUUGUGUGAGAUUAGGCACGAUGAAUGCGAGGAAACCCCCUUGCUAGGCCACGACCACCCAUCAGAGUCCCGCCGCUCCACCCACGCACGAUGGAUCCUCAUCGUCCUAAGCUUGGGCAUCAUCGCAAUAAACUUUGGCUCUUAUCUGGCUAUGGCUCCGCAGAUCCAAAUAUUCGAGUCAAUCAUCUGCCGGAAACUGCACCCGGAAAUCGCACUUCUUACCACGCAGGAGCAGAUUGAUGCCAGAUGCAAGGCCCCCGAUAUGCAGGGUGAGCUUGCGCUUGUCAAUGGCUGGAAGGAGACGCUCGAUACGCUGCCGGGGAUUUUUCUGGCGCUUCCCUUUGGUCUGAUGGCCGAUCAAGCGGGACGGAAGGUGGUGCUGAGGUUGAGUUUGCUUGGCUUGAUUAUGGAAGAGGUGAUGGUGCGGAUAAUUGCAUGGUACAGCACGUUUAUUCCCCUGCGCACAGUGUGGUUCAUGUCGUUAUUCCAGAUCUGCGGUGGUGGCACCCAGAUUGCCAGGUCUAUGAUUUUCACGAUGAUCGCUGAUGUGUUUCCGGUGGAGAAACGGGCGAAUAUCUUCUUUAUCAUUUAUGGGUCAGCACAGGUAUCCGAGAUUGUCGCAAGCCCUCUGAGUGCCUGGCUCAUGUCCUGGACGGCCUGGCUUCCGUACUUCCUGGGAGUGCUUUUUUUCCUAUGCGGUCUGUGUGCUUCUCUAUGUGUGCCGGAAACGCUGCCCAAGUUGAGCAAACUGAGCGAGACGGGCAGCGAAGACGACGAGGCGGACGAUGACGCUCCACGGACGGUCCGUCAACGUCUUAAAGUUGUCUGGACUCACGCCAGGCACCAAAUCAUGCAUCACAGCCGGUUCAUCUUCGCCCAACGCAACAUUGUUUGUAUCUCCAUCGCCCUUCUGAUGGCCAAUGUGGCUAUCCAGUCGCUCCUGAUCACGCUACAAUACGUCUCAAAACGCUUCUCAUGGUCCAUGGCAAAGGCAAGCUUCCUCGUCUCCUUGAAAGGAAUCAUGAAUCUUACCGCCCUACUCCUCAUCCUCCCUGCCCUCUCCAAAGCCCUAGACAGAUUCCUCCCCCCUAUACGCCGAGACCUGCGCAUCUCCCUCGGCAGCGUCCUCACAAUCGCGGCGGGGCAUGUCCUCAUGGCACUAGCCGCCAGCCCUACAGUCUUCGCUGCAGGUCUAUCGAUCUCCUCGCUGGGAGCGGGUUUCUUCCCCGCUCUACGCAGCGUUGCUACGGCAUUGGUGGACGAGGCCGAGAUAGGCCUCUUGGGGACGACAAUUGCCCUGACGGAGGGUCUUGGUGCGAUCAUCGCGGGGCCGAUGAUGGCAGGCACGUUCAAGUUCAAGCAACAGGUUCGCGAAAUUCGCGGACAUAUCUUGACUCAAAUCCCAAGUAUCAUGCAUGAAUUCCUUCGACAGCUUGAUUCAAACGGUGCAGUUCGAAUAGUUGGUGAUGCCCCAAAUAGCAUUCUCAAUCCCAAAGACUACUUCGAAUCCAUACACCCGUUCGCGUCAAAAGUCCAGCAUUGUGUCCGUCGAUAUUGCGCGGACUACACGACUCGCUUCGUCGCUGUCAACAUAUAUCCCGAGAAACACUCCUAUUUCGUGGUGGAUCUCAACAAUACCGACUAUAACUAUGAGACUGCUCAUAAAUGCAAGACUCCGAUCCCUGUCUACGUCCUUCGCCUAUCGAAGAGGGCACCUACGAUUUGCAGAAAAGAACGCCUGGAUAAAGGGAUUGCUGAAAUGCUUGCGGACAUGCAUGAGGGCCAUGGGAAGGAUUCUCUUCCUCUGUUUGAGGAUCAUAAUGACCCGAACCUUUCAUACCCCAACCCACGCAGCCUGCAGAGUUGA